CACCACCCCCCCUCUCCCUCUCCACUCCCUCCUCUCCUCUCCCUCUUUUCUCCUCAUCACACUCUUUCCGAAACAUCUCUUUCUCUCUCUCUUCCCUUCUCUAUAUGCAAAGAAGCUGAGCUAAUCCCCAAGAGGUUUACCAGCGGUAGGGGGGACACGGCUCUCUUUGACGUCCAAGGCCCGGCAUCCCCUCCCCACGAAGUUAUAUAUAAUAUAUACAUUUAUAUAAAGGAAAGCGAGUCCCUUUUCCCUCUUCUCUGUCGCGCAACACCUCUUCCCCUCCUUUCUUCCCCGGUUCUCUCAUAAAGAUCCCACCAUUAAUAGCCUUGGCAAUGGAAAAGGAGAGAUUUUGCAGCACCACACCACCCCUAAAUUGGCAAUCCGGCCCCGGUGCCGACUGCUUCCACAACCUCAAUUGGGACCGGCCGAUGGACCCCAGCGCCCACUUCGGGUCGGCUCUCUCCUCCCUUGUGUCGUCACCGUCCUCCAACCCGCCCUCCACCACCGCCAACGACAGCGUCGUCAUCCAUGAGCUCAUCACCCGCCUCGGAAGCAUAUGCAACUCCGACGAGAUCCCACUCACUUCCUGCUACCAAGGCGCCAAUACCUCUUGCUCCAGUACUCCUCUGAAUUCCCCUCCCAAGAUUAAUCUUUCCAUGAUGGAGCACUACCAGCGGAGCAGCAGAGGAUUGCCGGCUUCCGGAAACCCGGCAAUGCCCACCGUGCACCUGGCGCCGUUCACCGCGGACCCAGGGUUCGCAGAGCGGGCCGCGAGGCUUUCGUGCUUUGGAGGGAGGAGCUAUGGCGGGCUGCCGGAGACUGGAAAGCUGUCGAGUGUCUCGAGUAGCCAGUCUUUCAUGGGGAGUGGGUCUCAGAUGGGCAUUUCAGAGAACAUUAAGGAGAUUGCAAUGCAGAAGGGAGCCCAAGUUGAGAUGGAAAUGAGGUCUAAGUUAGGCGGUAGGAUAUUGGGGUCUUCGACACCGGAUAGUGUGGAAUUCGGCGGUGGACAGGAGGAAUCAUCGGCAUCCGAACGAAUCACAGUGAGUGGGGAGACAUCCUCGAGGGGAAACAAGGAGAACCAUGCGAGGAAACGGAAAGCAGCUUCAAAGGGAAAAGGAAAGGAGGCAUCUUUGUCCUCCUCUGACACUAACCAUCCCAAGAUGGCAGAGGAGGAUGAUUCCAAUGCAAAGAGAAGCAAACCAGCUGAAACCGAUGGAACCGGCAAGGUUGCGGCAGUUGAGCCAAAAGCCAAGCAGAAUGGCGGUGCGAGCUCUAGUGGUGAUGCCGGUCAGAAACAGGGGAAGGAGAAUUAUGCCAAGCCCCCUGAGCCUCCAAAAGAUUAUAUCCAUGUGAGAGCUCGAAGAGGCCAAGCCACCGAUAGCCACAGUCUUGCCGAAAGGGUGAGAAGAGAGAAGAUCAGCGAGAGGAUGAAAUUUCUUCAAGAUCUAGUGCCAGGUUGCAACAAGGUAACUGGCAAAGCAGUGAUGCUUGAUGAGAUUAUAAACUAUGUGCAGUCAUUGCAGCGCCAAGUUGAGUUCCUUUCAAUGAAGCUGGCAACUGUGAAUCCCCGGCUCGAUUUCCAUAUGGAAAAUCUUCUCCCAAAAGAUAUGCAUCAAGCACGAGGGCCUAUGCCAACACCGGUUUAUCCAUUAGAGGCCAUGAGCACUGCAUUCUCAUAUCCUCACCCACCUCAGGGGACCCCUCUGCAGAGUGUAGUGACCGAUGGCCUGGAGAACCAGCGCUCUUUAAACCCAUUGGACUCCUCUAUGCGGCGAAGAAGUCGAAACAUGCAACUACCUCCCCUCGAUGGCUCCAGGGAUGCCACCUCUCAGAAUGGAAUAGAUGGCAAAUUAAUAAGAGGAAUGUCGUUGCUUCAGCUUGGGACUUCCUGGGAGGAUGACCUGCAGAGUGUUGUUCAGAUGGGAUUUGGGCAGAUAGAGGAGAAUGCGUUUUCUUCCAGGGCUUCCAUGUGCAGGUACAAUUCUCACAGAUCACAUGAAGAUUGAACUCUGAUCCUUUCAAUUUAGAGAAAUAGAGGCCUUUGUACAUACCGAGAUGUUGGUUUGGGACAGCACAGGAAGCUUUGAACUAACAACCGUAAGGUUCGAGCACAAAAUUUGUGCAAAGAUUUCUUUGACACCACAUGUAAGAUCGUAACAGGUGAGGGUGAGGGCAAGAAGGAAUUCAGUAUCAUGGUGUUAUUUUAUGUUAUCCUGAGAACACUAUUAAUUAUAAUUUAAUGAUAUCUCUAUUGUUGUUCAUUGGCAAUUCUCACAUCCGAGAAAUGUUGGAAAGAAAGUUGAAUCACCUUAAGGAUACUGUUACUGCCUUGAUUUGUGGAAAUUGAGAUGCUUGUUUGUUAACAGCUGUUGAAAGGAACCAACUUGUCUCUUUCUAGCCUUGGGGAUGAACCAAGACAUCCUACUAACUACUUGAGCUGGAGUCAGCUGCAGCUUUGCAGACCUUAAAGCCCUUUUCUUCCCUGUACACUUUCCAUGCCCCACCUAACGCCUGAAAUAUAUACCUCCCAGCGACCCCAUUCUUUAUUCUCCCAGCACCGCUAUAAGCUCCCCUCCAGGGCUGGCAAGGUAGACAGUGCUGUCAUGAGAGGAAUAGCAUCAAACUGACCAGGUUGGCAAAUUCGAGUUUGACAAGGAUCGGUCAGGCAAAAAGUCUUGUUUACUGUAACUUUACAGUUCAUAGUAGAAUAAAAAGAACAAUAUAUUGGAUUAGAUUCCCUCCAGCAGGGUGGCCAUUUCUUAUAAAGAAUGUUGUAAGGAACCCAAUUUCCAGAUCCUCUAUUUUUCCCAAUCUUAUUAUUUCUAACCAUCAGUUAGUUUGUUAUUAAAGUGCAUUAAGGUUUACAUGUAUAUAAAUGCCGCUGGUGAAGAUGAUGUUGUCUUAAGUAUCCAAAUGGAGCUAAAGGCCAUGGAAAGUUGCAUGGUAUUAUCUCCUUCUGCUCUCUAAUUUAGACAAGCAUCAUUUGGGUGUUUUCCUUUUAAUUCGGAUGUCGAUGCAGCUAGUCAUCGCUGCAUGUCCUCCACUCGAUUUUAACUUUCGUAAAACCUCAGGAACAUCCCUCCACCAUCUCGACCUCAGCUGGAGCUCGGUACUUUGGUUGCAUUUAUGCUUGAUCUCGUGGCCAUUUUUUGUGUCCUUUCCGCAAGGACCGGGACCAAUGGGUUCAGGUUAUAUAUUUUGCAUGAAAGAAUAAUUGAUUUUCUUUUUUACGACACCAAUCAUUGAAUCUUAUGCUGCAUAAAUCACAAGGUAUUCCAAAUUUUUUCAUUCAUCUGUGCGUACAGAUCUAGAAGCGACUAUUGCACCAACAGUAGAUUCACACGAGGGGAGGUGAAUCGUUCUUUCACGCGACUGAUACAACUCCUGUCCCGAACCCAUACGGCUGCAACUAGCGGUGCCAGACAAACCUAGAGCUUUCGAAGUGAAUACGAAUGUGGAGGUGGUGGUCCAAAGUGAUGAAAGAAAGAAACAAGUCGGGAGAGAAGGAGCCGAGUUUGUGGGGUUGAAGUGAUGAUUCCUAGGCCCAUUAACCAGGCUGUCGUAAUUCCUAUCAGCUCCAAUCAAUGCCAUCCUCCCGCCGCUUUCACAUCGACAAGGAUCACUUUUAACUCGAGCUGGUCGGAAAAGCACAGGCUGUUUGGCAUCAUGGGUUUCACCAACCGUCCUAAUCAAUAAAGUUUGCAUUGCGACUUCCCAACUGCAAAUGCCGCUCAAGUAGCUCAGAUUUGCAAGCAUCUUUCCUUAUCAAAAUAAGAUCCUUGGGCUGCUCAGGUCAUUGUCAGGCCUCUCCGCCUCUAUAGUAUUCGUUUCUUUUAUUCUUCUAUACUAAUUCAGCUAUUGAAAGGGUUAUUGCUUGGUGCAAUGGUAAAAGACUUAGGCUGAUAAGUGUAAUGGCAUGGAUUCUAGUCCUGCAUCAAAUAAUUUGUACGAAAAAGACCAAAAGUUAGGUCUGUUCCUAGUUUGUAUCUUCCAGAAUCCUAGAUUGUUGGAACAUAAGUUGGUGGGA